AGCCCAAAGCUGUUCAGGAGCAUCCGUGGUGGAAGAAAGAUCCCGCACGUUUGCUCGCCAGACCUGAAAUGCCACUAGCGAAUAGUCAAGGUAAUGUUCGCGAUCAUUUUAAAUGUUAUCCUUUGCGUCCCCCAUGUCCAUGCGGUGUGGGCCUGUGUGCGAUCCUGCCCGGCCAACUGUGUGUGCACCCAAGAGCGGAGCUGCUCCGUCCUCUGUGAUCGUGCUGGUCUGGGGCAGGUCCCUAGUGAUUUCCCUUGCGAAGCCUCCUCUAUCAACUUGGAUAAAAACAACAUUAAAUUCCUCUCUGAGAGGGCCUUUGGUACUUUGCCUUCCCUCAAAUCCCUGUCGCUCAACCACAACAAUAUCUCCUUCAUCACUCCGGGGGCUUUCAAGGGGCUGCCCAGCUUGACAGAGCUGAAAAUGGCCCACAACGAGUACAUUCGCUAUCUCCACAUGCGGACUUUCACUGCCCUCAGACGGCUCGUCAGGCUGGACCUGGCUGACUGCAAUCUUUUCAAUAUCCCAGACAGGAUUUUCAUCGAGCUCCCUGCUCUGCGGGAGCUGUUCUGUUUCCAGAACAAUUUCCGAAGGAUCCCGGGUGCAAUCAGGGGCAUGGAGAACUUGACCCACGUCUACCUGGAGAGAAAUCGGAUCGAAGCCGUAGCCUACAAUUCUCUGCAGGGCCUGAUCAAGCUGAAAUACCUGAAUCUGCAGGACAACAGGAUAAACGUCAUUCAUGAGCGAGCUUUUCAGGGCUGCCAGAAGAUGGAGUAUCUGUACCUGAAUGACAACCUGCUCAGUGAGCUUCCAGAAAACUCCUUUGAUGGCCUGAGGUGCCUGAAAAUGCUCAACCUCGGGGGGAAUUUCCUCAGGAACAUUUCCAACACCUGGUUCCGGGAUCUGGUGGAGCUGGAAGUCCUCUACCUGGAUCGAAACAGGAUCAACUACAUUGAGGAAGGGGCUUUCGAGAACCUCACCAGCUUGAUCGUUUUGCACUUGAACAGCAACAACCUGACCACGCUGCCCUUUUCUGUCUUCCAGCCUGUUUACUUUCUGGGGCGGCUGUACCUUUUCCGCAACCCCUGGGAGUGUGACUGCCGCAUCGAGUGGCUGAAGGAGUGGAUGGAGAACUAUAGGCUGGUCAGGGAUAUUCCCUGUGCUUCCCCAUCCUCAGUCGCCGGGAUUGAUCUGAUGGAUGUGCUCUACAACAGGUCGCCAGAAGGUUACUGUCUUGAUCCGGUGGAGCUGAACGUCACUUCUUACAGCCCGACCCCAAGUGGAGAGCCUUUCUCCACCACGGAGAGCAAGUUCAACAGCCUUAUCUCCAAACUCUUGCUCCAGAUGGGCCUUUCCGAAGACGUGACAAACGCCACAGAAGCGUUCAGUAACACCACUCUGCCGGACGGACUAACCGACGGGGUUUCUUCUGGGGUGGGGGAACACAGUGGCACAGCUGUCUCCUCUUUUCACCUCCCAGCACUUUUUACAGUGGUUAUUUUGCAGAGCAAAUAGUC